AGUUAGUCUACAACCAACACAAAUCUUUACAUUCUUCACUAUCAAAGCCUUUAUUUGUUCUACAAAUUAUUUCUAAACUCCAGAGAGAGAGAGAUUUACAUAUACAACAAUGGGUUUCCGUGUGCCUCGUAUUGUUAGUGCAAAGAAAAUUCUUCAACUGCCUUCUUUGACAGCAAACCAAGCAGAUUCUAUGGCUCUAAAUGUCCCAAAAGGCUACUGUGCAGUUUAUGUCGGUGAAAGUGAAAAGAAGCGAUUUGUGGUUCCAAUAUCAUACUUGAACCAGCCUUCAUUUCAGGACUUGUUAAGUCAAGCUGAGGAAGAAUUUGGUUUUGUCCAUCCAAUGGGUGGUCUCACAAUUCCCUGCAAAGAGGACAUCUUCAUUGAUAUCACUUCUCAGCUGAGCAGAUCAUGAAACAAUUCUAUGCAUAUAGACACAAUUUUGUAAAGCAGUAGUCAUCAUUUCCAUGUACAAAUUUCAAUUUUUACCAUUUUCUUUUCAGAGAGGAGAUUGGGGAUGAAAAAAAAAAUCUCCCCUUGUUGCAAAUAUUAUAAUGUUGAGAUCAUGAUGUUCUCAGACAAUUUCAAAAGCAAAUACUUUAUUUCAUCAAAA